AUGUCGCGGAAGAAAGCGGCACGGAGCAAAGGCGGCGGCUCCGCGCCCUCCGCCGCGCUGCCUCCCCCUGCCGCCACCGCCCCGCGGAGCCCCGCGCCCGCUCCGGAGCUGCCCCGCAACGGCGGCGCUGCGCCCGGGCGGCCCUCGCUGAGCAGCAGUGGAGAGUUCUACGACCUCACCUUCAAGGUGAUGCUGGUGGGCGACUCGGGGGUCGGCAAGACCUGCCUGCUGGUGCGCUUCAAGGAUGGCGCCUUCCUGGCGGGCAGCUUCAUUUCCACCGUGGGGAUUGACUUCAGGAACAAGGUGCUGACAGUGGAUGGGGUGAAGGUGAAGCUGCAGAUCUGGGACACGGCUGGCCAGGAGCGCUUCCGCAGUGUCACACACGCGUAUUAUCGGGAUGCCCAUGCCCUGCUCCUGCUGUAUGAUGUCACCAACAAGGCAUCCUUUGACAACAUCCAGGCAUGGCUGACAGAGAUCCACGAAUAUGCACAGCAGGAUGUAGUCCUCAUGUUACUGGGAAACAAGGUGGAUUCAGCCCAGGACAGAGUGGUGAAAAGGGAAGAUGGAGAAAAAUUGGCUAAGGAGUACGGGGUGCCCUUCAUGGAGACCAGCGCCAAAAGCGGCCUCAAUGUGGAAUUAGCAUUCACAGCUAUCGCAAAAGAACUGAAACACAGGUCCAUGAAGCUGCCCAACGAACCCAAAUUCAAGCUCCAUGAUUACGUGAAGAAAGAAGUGAGAGGCUCGGGCUGCUGCAGGUUCUGAUACGCUCGGUGCAUUUGUACAGAGACUCAUGCCACGUGUUUGUGCGCUCUCUCCUCGUGGACAGUGUGUGCAUGUCUGUCUUGUGUCUGUAUCUGCGUAAAAGGUGAGCUGAGACGUGGGGGUGAAAGCAGCAGAAGCUCCUCAGGCUGGCAACAGGCUGGCCGUGCUGCACCACAGCCGCUCCCCGAGCCCUGCAGCACCCACAGCCCCGCUGUGCUCCAAUCCUGCAGAGAAACAGCACCUCUCGCAGCUGCUCCACUCCUGCCUUGCCCAGAGCCACUUCCCAGUGCAGCUGUGGCUCCUGGAACGAUGGGUUCCUGCAUCUGUUCAGCAGUGACAGUCCUUAGCCCAGAGCGUCUUCGGGUGUGUUAGUGUUAGGAGUGAUGAUGUGGGGGAGUGCCUGCUCCCCACCAAACAUCUGGGCAGAAAAAAUCCUGAAUUCCCUUUUCCCACACCUUUGGAAUUCAGCUGUUCAGAUUCUGGGGCACACAGGAAGGCUUUGUUUUCAAGGCAAUCAUUUUUGUAGCUGCUUACUUCUGCCUGUCAGUUGUUCCCGUGUUGUAACAUACCUCCUCGAUGAAGAUUUCUCCUCUUCCCCGCAGAAGACAGAGCUUAGAUGUCUGUUUGAGUGAGCUCCUGCAAACACAUCUGUUGUACAGAGAUCUGACUGUUUAUCUGUUUGGUAAAGGCUUUGGUUCUCUUACUACAGCCAUUUCUAGUACUUUAAUGAGAAGAAAGCUAAUGUUCUGCAGCUUAUUCUAAAUACCUUUAUGUAAGUGUGAUAGCAUUUUUAGACCACAACAAUGCUUUGCUAUCUCUGAAGUUCUCUUGGGACAGCUCUCUCUUCUAACAGAAGAAAGAUGAGAGUGCUGUAGGCAUUGAUUGUACAGGUCUAAGACUUCUGCCAGCUCUCUUCAAUGGACUCCUCACCCCUUUUGUCUGGUGCCAAGCGUUUGGCUUUUGCUUUUUUCCAAGUUGCACUUCAAAGUACAGAUCUGGAUGAUGU